CCCUGGCGUUGGAAGCCCCUUUUCCUGAGGUUAGAAAAUUUCCAUCCUCCACCACCUCACCUUCAAAGGCAAAUAAAAAAAAUGUCACUACCAAUUGCUGUUUAUAGCCUUUCUGUCAAAGGAACUGAUGUUCCUGCUGUGGAAGAACCUACGGAUGCAUCAAUUCAUUUAACAAUGGCAUCCAUUGAUGCUAAUGAAAAAUCUAACAAGGCCACAAGUCUGUGGGUAAAGGUGCGUCCUAGUAUGCCUGUGGAUACAGAAGAUGAUGAAGAAAUGGAUGAACAAAUGAAGGAACUUCUUGAAGAAAGCCAACGUGAGUUCGUUUUAUGCACCUUGAAGCCUGGUUCUUUAUUCCAACAACCUUUGAACUUGACUAUCACCCCCGGAGAUGAGGUUUUUUUCAGAACUGCAGGUGACGCUACUGUUCAUCUUUCUGGUAACUUCUUAAUGAAUGAUGAAGAAGAAGAGCACGAUCAUAGCGAUGAUGAGGAAGAUGAUGAAGACUAUGACUUGUCUCCCAGUGAAGACGAUUUGGUUGACACCAUGAGUGAUGAAAAGAACGAUGAUGAAGAUGAGUCUGAGGAAGAUGAAGAGGAAGAGGAGUCUGAAGAAGACGAAUUGGAUAACGCUCCCGCCAAGAAGGCUGAAGAACCCAAGAAAAAACGCGCUAGCCAAGAGGAAACCGCUUCUCCCCAAAAGAACGAAAACAAGAAGCAAAAGACUGAGAAGCCUAAUAAAGAGAAGAAGGUUGCUUUCGCCGAGAAGCUUGAGCAAGGCCCUACUGGUCCCGCCGCCAAGAAGGAACAACAACAAGAACAAAAGCAACAACCUAAGACUCGUACUUUGAAGGGUGGUGUUUCCGUUACCGAUGUUAAAACUGGAAAUGGUGCUACUGCUACUAAUGGCAAGAAGGUUGAAAUGCGUUACAUUGGUAAGCUUGAGAAUGGAAAGGUUUUCGACAAGAAUACUAAAGGCAAGCCUUUUGCUUUCCUUUUGGGACGCGGUGAAGUCAUUCGCGGUUGGGAUAUCGGUGUUGCUGGUAUGAGCGAAGGUGGAGAACGUAAGAUCGUCAUUCCCGCUCCCAUGGCUUAUGGUAAUCAGAGCAUUCCUGGUAUUCCUAAGAACUCAACUUUGGUUUUUGAAGUUAAGCUUGUCCGUGUACAUUAAAGCUGUCGCUGAAGCUAUAGUUUGGGAUUUACUUUUGAUUUCCAUUCUAAAUUGGUAUCAUAAUCACAUUGACUACAUCGAUGUAUUUUGGAUUAGAUAUAAACAUCGGGUGCACCUAAUAGUAGGUCACAAAAAAUAUAGUUUAGAUAGGUACUAGGAUGGUAUCGGUUUCUGGAUAAAUUGGGAUUUUUCGAAUUUUGGGUUCAUUUCAAUUACUACUUGCAUGGUUGGUGAUUGUAAGUUAAUAACAUGUAAAAUUGCAUGAUAAUAUACUUGGUAAAAAGGGUAGCGAGUAAUUCGUUAUUUCAACUAUUUUAAUUGAGUAGAGCAAGCCUGAAAAUAUAG